AUGCUGUCCGCCCAAGCAAAAAUAAAAUACACCUGCGAGCCCUGCCCAUCGCGCCGCCUGCUCCCUCGCAGCCCCACCCGCGAACGAAUCUCCGGUGCAAUUGUCGUCGACAUGCGAAACCAAGUCGCUCAGGAGCUUUGCGCCUUUGAGCCGCGCGACGGGUGCGGAUACUGUCGCCGCGCGCUCGGCGCAGAGGUGCGGAUCGAGUGCGCCGAGUGCACGCCGCGGCUGCUGCUCUGCGUCGACUGCCUGCGCGCGGGCGUCUCCAUCCACACGCGCGGCCACACGCCCGCGCACAAGUACCGCGUGAUUGACGUCGGCUCCGACGCGCUGCUCGAGGUUGGCUGGCGCGGCACCGACGAGCUUCGGCUGCUCGAGGGCGUGCAGCUGUACGGGUUUGGCAACUGGAUGGACAUCGCCGAGCACGUCGGUGGCGGCCGCUCGCGCGAGGCCGUCGAGCGGCACUACCGCCGCUGCUACCUCGAGCCUCCAGAGGAGGAGUUUCGGUACCAGGGCUGGAUGCCUCUCCGGCAAGAGUUUGACGUCGAGUGGGAGGACGAGGCAGAGGCGCUCGUCUCGGAGAUCGAGUUCGUGCCCGGCGAGCUCGAGGCGGUCGAGGCCGGCGUGGCGCGCGAGAAGAUGCAGAAGCUCCACACGUACAACGCGACGCUCGACGGGCGGCAGUGGAGGCACGAGCUCGUCGUGGCGCGCGACCUGCUCGACGACGUGCACGAGCAGAUCGAGAUCGAGCGGAUCGCUCCGGUGGCGGAGGUCGCGGCGCGCGCGCGGCUGCGGCCGCUCGCCCGCUUCCACAGCGCGGCGCAGCACGAGGAGCUGGUCCAGUCGGUGCUGAAGCAGCAGGGGAUGGCGCUCGACCUGCGCCACCUGCAGGCGGCCGCCGCCAAGGGCAUCACCUCGCUGCGAGAGGCGCGCCCGCUCGCGGAGCUGUGCGAGCGGCUCGCGCUGCCGCGCCACUUGCUGCCGCGUGCCAAGCGCCAGCUCGUGCUCGCCGCGCUCGCCGGCGGCGGCCUCGCCAGGAGGGAGGCGGCGGCGGUGCUCCGGCCGGAAGUGGACACGGCGCGCGCGGCGAUGCUGUGGGACUAUUGCGUCGGGGCGGGGUGGGUGCAGCCACCCGCCGCGGAGGCGGGCGAGUCCGGCGCCGCGUGA